UGUCAUCAUUGUGAGGAAGCCUGGGAGUGGCCGGAAGCAGGAGAACCAGAGGAGAACGAAGAGGAAAGAGGAGGAGGUGGACCAGCUGUGCUCGAAUCAGACUUUCGUUUCGUAGCAUCCUUCCAUUUAAGGCAGCAGGUUUGUCAGCAUGGCGGAGAGCUCAGUGUCUAUGGCAGACGUGGAGACGUCCUUCCAGAAGUUUGCAGUCCAUGGAGACACCAAGGCCACGGGGAAGGAGAUGAACGGCAAGAACUUCGCCAAGCUCUGCAAAGACUGCCACGUCAUCGAUGGGAAGGGCGUCACGUCCACGGACAUUGACAUAGUUUUCAGCAAAGUCAAGGCAAAGUCGGCUCGUGUGAUCACAUUUGAGCAAUUCAACCAGGCACUGACUGAGUUGGCUCCCAAGCGCUUUAAAGGCAAAAGCAAAGAGGAGGCCCUGCAACAGCUCUAUGGUCUCAUUGUUGGGAAGGAGCCUGCUAAUGUCGGAGUCACUAAAGUGGCAAAGGCGGCUGCCGUGGACAGACUGACUGACACGUCCAAAUACACGGGAGCACAUAAGGAACGAUUUGAUGAGUCCGGCAAAGGGAAGGGAAAGUCCGGGCGCGAGGAGAUCCCAGACGCGAGUGGCUAUGUGGCAUCCUACAAGGGCAGCGGCACUUACGAUGACAAAGUGAAGAAUGCAUAAAGGUCACCAGUCCAAGUCAGGGACGACAACCAUUCAGCGUCACAUUCACAUCAAUUUAUAGUCUCCAAUUAAUCUAAUCUGCAUGUUACUGGAGUGUGGGAGGAAGCGGGAGUACAUGGAGAGAACAUGGACCAUGCAAGCUCAACAGGCCCUCAGUCGAACUGGGAUCCCAACCGCCACCCUUCUUGCUGUGAGGCAACAGAGAAAACAAUUACCAAAGCAAUUACCAUACCUAAUUCAAAUGAAUGUAUAUGUAUAUAUUUACUUGCAGUACAUCAGUAUUAGAUAGUAAAUAGGUAAACUGAUGUUUUCUGCUAUGGUUGAGACCACUUAUUAGCCAUGUGUGCUUUGUAGAAUCUCCUCUGCUUUGUCCCAUAGCUCAACACAGUGCCUUCAUGUUGAUUUAGCCUCUAGAGCCUUAUUGCUGCGACAUGUUCUGCUUGAUGCAAGUUAAUGCUCUGAAAAGAAAUGUACGUCAUUUUUAAGAGACAGCACUAUUAGUAUUAGACGUUUGCUUUGCUUACUAAGAAUGGAAAUCAGGUUUGUUGCCAUGGUAAAGCUCACCCAGUAUAAGAGUAUGAAUUUGCAAGAGCUAAACAAAUAAAUAAUAGACGAAAAAAAGGAAUAAAAUAAAGAGUAGAGUGCAAUAUUUACAAAAGCGAAAUAUGAAUAUGAAUAAAAUAAUUAACAUACCA